CACAGGAAAACGGUAUCGACGGUUAUUUUGCCUUUUCAUUGGCUACACAUGAUGUUGGGAGGUGACAUGCCACCGACGCUACUGUGGCGGGGCCCACGACAACGUUGAAGUGGUCGGCCAUGAUAUCCUGUGUCCACCAUCAUGGCGGUAUUUCUCUGCCGUCGUUCAUCUCUCGGUCCGAGUCCUGGGAUCGUGCUGCUGAGGGGCGGUGAUGCAAAGUGCCGCUACUGGCUCCAUUCGCACACAAUCCAGCAGCCCACAGUCCGGGGGCUUGUUUCUUCUGGGGAGUCGCUAUCCUCGAUGCAUCCUUCGCUGGAUAGCCGGGAGCUUUGGUUCCUUUUGCCCUCUGUCUUGGGACGAUUGAACACGGCCUGCGCCCAUGAUUCAUCAAAGGUCAUUCAGCGGCAAAGUCCAUCUCGUCGUAACGGUCUCGAUCGCAUCCGGAGAGUGUGCAAUGGUGUCUGCCCGUCUUCGGCGAAUCGGUGGCAAUCUCGACUCUGUGCCUUUCGAUUCAAGAAACCUUGUGGGCGAUGGUUCAGGACACAGGACAUCGUCAUUCGCGCAACGCUACGACUAUUCAUCAUGGCGUAAUCCUCCAGAAUGCGGAUGCUCCUCUCAAAACAAAUGGACUUUGUCAGGAAGCAGACCGCGUACCCCGGUCUGUUCCCAGAGCUGUAAAUGCGGUCGCAGUGUUCCCUGAUCAUGACUAAGACACUAUUGUGCCACCUCGUCAAGAAUCAAGACUGGUGAGUUACAGCAAC